AUGCUUUUUAAGCAACCGUUUAAAAUUAUUGCUGCUGCUACAGCUGCGGCGGCUGCGGCGGCUAUACUACGCACUCUUACUCUCGAAGCUUCGCCCUUUCUUUUAAACCUUUCUAUUAAGCGCUUAUUUAUAUUAACGACCGUUAAAGCUUUAAAGUGCAUUAAGUGCAUUAAUAAUAAGAUCACAUCGAGGUUUAAUAGAAACUGCUAUAAUUGCGAUACGAGCGUUAUUCGUUAUUUCCGGUAUACUAAAGGUAGCUAUAGCAAUUGCACCGCUGCUUUUGCUAUUGCUAACACCGCUUUCGAUAACUUCCUCGCUUUAAAUGCUACUCUUUUAAAAGGUGCUAUUAAUAGUCCGAGCGGUCUAGCGAGUAGAACCUUUAUUAAAUUGAAUAGUCUUAUAGCAGCGAACCGUGAUCCGGUGACUCGAAGCGCUUCGAGCAUAUCACUCCUUCCUUUUGCGCUUGCCGCUCUUGUUGCUCUCGUCGCUUCCGCUGCUUUCGUCGCCUUCGCAGCUUUCGUCGCUUUCGUCGCACUUAUUAUCGUCGCUUUUUUUACGCUAAUCGUUGCGCUUACCGCUCUCGCGGCGGCGCUCGCCGUUGCUAUGACUCUUGCGAAGCGCCGAAUUAAAGUAAAAAGAUUGCUAAGAGCUCUGGUCGAUCUUUUAUUAUAA